GUCCUCCUUUUAUUUUUUGAUUUCCUUUUGGUUUUUUAUUCGUUUGUGGAGGACUUUGUCGGUCUCAUCGACCUAACCUUUCGUGUUACUGUCAUGAGUUGUCGUUUGCUGGCAUGGACACGGUUUCAGUUUCGGAAUCGGCCUCAAAAAGAAAAUUUGGAGUUUGUAAAGAGAAGUUUCAAGUCUGUGGUGAUCUGGAGAAGUUGCAUUUGUGUCUCUGAUAGAAAAUAUAGGGGUUGUUGUUCUUUCAGGGAAAAUAUUCAUGUUUCCUGUUGGAGAAGAAUGCCAUCUUUCAGAAAAUUAUGGUGUUUAUUGGCUCUGGCACUGAAGUUGACUUUUUUUUUUCCUCCAAAUAACCUUGUUGCAGGCAGUCCGGGUUCGCCUCUUUCGCUUCUUCAGCUCAAUUCUUGAUGCAUGUGGUUUAUGGCUGAGCAAUCCAACAAGCUGAAAUGGAUGGCCAUCUAGCCAUGGAGGAGUGGAAGGAUCCUAAACCAGGCCCACAAUCCUUGAUGCCGGGCGUCCUGACCAGAGCAUUUCCACCAGACACCAUUGGAGGACAUCACAAUGAUGGCGCUAAGGCCGGAUUUGAGAAGCAUGGCUUGUCAGUCGCCAUAAGCUCGCCUAGGGAGGAUGGGCGGUCGCUGCCAAUGACCCCGCAGUUUGGCCAGAAGUCUGGUGCCAGGAGCAGCCUCGCCGAGAGGAUGCAGUCAAGAGCUGGAUUCAGCGUGGCGAAGCUCAGCAUGCCGUUCAUCACAGCAGUUGGAGCUGAUAAUUCAGUGUCAGGAGCUCCAUCGCCCUACCUCACCAUCCCACCUGGCCUGAGCCCGGCAACGCUGUUGGAGUCACCAGUCUUCCUUUCAAAUGCCAUGGGCCAAGCCUCGCCAACCACGGGGAAGUUACUCAUGCUUGGUGGCUCAAAUGACAAUGAUCCUAUUAGAUUUGAAGGUCCUCCACUUGGAGAAUGCACUGGUGCGUUUUCUUUCAAGCCUUUGGAGCUGAAACCCUCACUCUACACUUCUGAAGAAAACAAGGAAUGUUUAUGCAACAAUCAGCAUCCAUCCCUACCGAGCACGCAGGUUUCUGUCAAGACUGAAACCAAUAUUCAGACGGUACAAGAGGCUAAUUUGCUGGGCCAACAGAAGCUCAACGGGCAGACUGUGAAGAGUUGUUCUCAUGACUCCAAGCUCAGUCAUCUUGCACCUGACACCGCUGCAGGAAAUGAACACCUAUCACCUCCGGAUCAGGGCCAGACGGCAGAUGAAGGCGACGCGAGGGGAGACUACCCAGCAAUGGCCACCACUGCGCCGGCGGAGGACGGGUACAGCUGGAGGAAGUACGGGCAGAAGCAAGUGAAGCACAGCGAGUACCCACGGAGCUACUACAAGUGCACGCACCCGAACUGUCAGGUCAAGAAGAAGGUGGAGCGCUCGCACGAGGGGCACAUCACGGAGAUCAUCUACAAGGGCACGCACAACCACCCGAAGCCCGCGCAGAGCCGCCGGCCGGGCGUCCCGCCCGUCCACCCUUUCGGCGACACGCAGACGGACGCGACCGACAACCCAGGAUCACAAGCAAACGUGGGGGAAGCGAGCCACCUGUGGCAUAACAAUGCUGUCGUUCAGGACUUGUGCGGCGACGGCCUGGACGCUUCGUCGCCCCCUUCUGUUCCGGGUGAGCUCUGUGACUCGUCGGCGUCUAUGCAGGUCCACGACGGCGCUCGAUUCGAGUCCCCGGAGGGUGUGGAUGUGACGUCUGCGGUGUCUGACGAGGUGGACGGGGACGACAGGGUGACUCAUGGCAGUAUGUCCCAGGGCGGUGCCGAUGCCGAGGGCGACGAACUGGAAUCCAAGCGAAGGAAGCUGGAGUCAUAUGCCAUUGAUAUGAGCACUGCAUCGAGAGCUGUCCGCGAGCCUCGGGUCGUGAUCCAGACGACGAGCGAGGUGGACAUCCUGGACGACGGCUACCGCUGGCGCAAGUACGGGCAGAAGGUCGUCAAGGGUAACCCGAAUCCAAGGAGCUACUACAAGUGCACGCACCCGGGGUGCUGUGUGCGGAAGCACGUGGAGCGCGCGUCGCACGACCUCAAGUCCGUGAUCACGACGUACGAGGGCAAGCACAACCACGAGGUCCCCGCCCCCAGGAACAGCGGCCACCCGAGCUCCGCGGCGAUGGCCGCGCCCGGCCAGGCCCACGCCGGCGCGCGCAGGCCGGAGCACCCCCCGGUGCAGGCCGGCCUGACGCGGUUCGGCGGCUGCGGUGUGCCGUUCGGCCUGCCGCCGAGGGAUCCGCUCGCGCCGAUGGGCAACUACCCGUACUCCACCGCCCUCGGCCCCGCGGCGCUGCCGAGCCUGCCGAUGCCCGCGGGGCUCGGGCCCGUCGAGGGGCUGCACCUCCCGAUGCUGGCGCCGCCGCUGCACCCGUUCCUGAGGCAACGGCAGGCGAUGGAAGCCGCCGGGCUCGUGGUGCCCAAGUCGGAGGCGAAGGGCAAUGGCAACGCCGGCGGUGCAACCGCGUCCGUGUACCAGCAGCUGAUGCAGCGCAGCAGGCUGCCCCUGGGCCAUCAGAUGUAGAUAAUAAGAGAAGAGGAUUAGAGGAUGGGCGUGAUUCCUAAGUAAACUAUUACUAUCACUUUAUAAGUCGUAUUAGGAUGAGCUUUUUUAAUGGCGUAUUAGGAUGAGUUGCUGAUAAGUAUAUCGUGGAAACAAACACCCUUACUUCCCGUUUCAGUUUUACCCCCUUCCAUUUCCACCUUUUUUUACAGUGACUAUUACUGCUUCUCUUCAUUUAUCUUCAGUUUGUAUCAGUAUUUUUUUGGAAUGAC